AGCAAGUCCUCCAACUCUCAAAAUGGGUCACGACAACGUAUGGUACUCUCACCCCAGGAAAUACGGACCAGGCUCCAGGAAGUGCCGAGUUUGUGCCAACCAUCAUGGUCUGAUCAGAAAGUACAGUCUUGACAUGUGCAGACAGUGUUUCCAACAAUACUCAAAAGCUAUUGGAUUCCAGAAGCUGAGAUAGAGAUGAAGAAAUCUGAUUCAUUUUUGUUUUUGUUUUUAAAUCUAUUUGUUUUUUAUCUAGAUUAUUUAUGCUGUUUCAUUGUGUGACAAAUUUUAAAUGUGGUAAAUUCAACAGGCACCUCCAGGUCACCAGGCAAUCUCAGCUGCUAUGGAAGGCUCACUUUAUUCAAAUGAUUCAAUGUAUUUGAGACAGACUGACGCUCCACACUUAGAUUGAAGUAUAAGUUUAACAAUCUAAGUUUACUUAAUUCUCAUCAAGAUGUCGUGAUUGAAGGAAGAGUCCUCAGUGACCUGCCAUCUAUAUAAUCUCCUCUCUGUCGUCUACCUUAUAACUUCUAAUGUUGGAAAGAGAGGAGGUCGUAUCUAAGAGACCUGACGAUGGCGCCUUUUACCAACAAAGACUGCCGGCCUGGAAACCUAUUAUAAACAUUCACAGUACAGUGCCUGUAUUUGGAGUUUUGGGUAUUUUCCUCGUCCCUAUCGGCCUUCUGCUCAUUACUACUGCAGGAUCUGUAAAAGAAAUGAGACUAGACUACUCAGAGUGUAAUGGCUGUGAAACUAAGUCCUACACGGAGGAUUGUUAUUGUACUGUAGACUUUAACCUGGAUACCAAGUUCAGUGGCAGUCAGGUCAUGAUGUACUACGGCCUCGAACGGUUCUACCAGAACCACAGAAAGUACGCUACUUCUCGGUCAGAUUACCAACUCAGGGGUAAUCCUCUGAAUCCUGAUGACAACUGUGAACCGUAUGAGAGUGACCUGGACUCAAAAAAAGUGUUCGCCCCUUGCGGUCUCAUCGCUAAUAGCAUGUUCAACGAUACAUUCGACCUGGAAUGGUUGUCGCAGACACACAAGAACGGGAGUAUACUAGAUGUAAACAAGAAGAUAAACUUCACCCAGGAGGGUAUUGCUUGGGAGUCCGAUCAUGGGAACAAGUUCAAGAAUCCUGCAGGAAACGACCUUGUUGCCUCCUUCAAUGGAACAGUAAAGCCGCCGUCCUGGUCGAAGGCGCCCUACGAGUUGGAUCCUGGUAACCCUUCUAACAACGCCUUCCUCAACGAGCCCUUUAUUGUGUGGAUGAGGGUUGCUGCUUUCCCUACCUUCAGAAAGUUGUACUCUCGAAUCACAAUGGAACUGAACCCUGAACUAAGCAACGGUCUAGAGAGUGGGAGUUACAGACUGAAAGUGAACUACAGAUACCCUGUUCUCUAUUACCACAGCAAGAAGUUCUUCGUCCUGUCAACCACCAGUAUUUUCGGAGCUAAGAAUCUGAUGAUAGGAAUUGUGUAUUUGGUGGUUGGAUCUCUUCUCUUGGUGCUGGCUACUGCUUUCGCUUUCAUCGCAAAGAAAGACAUGCACACAUUCUUCAGCCAGUGAUAAAAGGGAAUCCUGCAAAAGUAGAUGCAAAGGAAGAACAUCUCCUCCAUAGAAUGAAACACGAUUAUUUUUUGAGUUAGAUGCUUGUUACCUCUUGAGACAAGAAAUAUUAUUGAAACUUGGACGCCAUUUAUAUGUAGCUGAUUUUAGUGACCGGUGUGAAUAUGCAAAUAGCUUGGUUUAAUGGAACCAUUAUUUUUGUUACAAUUAACCAUAUUUAAUAACUGUACAUACGAACUUAUAUUUCUGUAAUAUUAUGCUAUCGAUCCAUCAACUUGUAUUUCAAAUAGCUCUUGUGAAAAUUGCUGUCAUUUUAGUUAUUUUACCGUUUAUGUUGAUGCAACAAUUUUUUGAAGGAGAAAUUUAGUUCAGAAUUAUUUCAGGAACAUGACUUAAUUUAUUUAUUGGCUAUCAGAAUUUAAAUAUUAUUUGACUUUCAGUGAAGACCUGAUAAUUGCCACAAUAUUGCCCUUUUGGCUUUUGGUCAGAUUCAUGUGAUCAUCUGCUAUAUGCUCGUUUAGUAAAUAGCUAUCUCUUCUUUUUUUUAAAUGUGACAAACGCUUUUGUGUUUUGCGUCCGUAGGAAACAUUCUGAGAAAAGAUAAAACAAAUGAAACGAUAUUGUGGCAAUUAAGACCUUCGUGAAAAAAGCCGCGACAUUGAUAUAUUUUAGAUAUCGUGAUUUUUGUUUAAUGAUGUUGUUUCAAAAGAAUUAAUUCGAUGAUA